AGAGAGAGAGAGAGAGAGAGAGAGAGAAGAGAUGGUGCAGCAAGAAAGCAAGGAGCCGUGCAAGAAAGAAGCCUGCUACAUUCAAGCAUGCCUCUCCAAGAACAACUUCCUCCCGGAAAAGUGCCUGAAAUUCAUUGAACAGCUGCAGGCGUGCUGCGAGAAAUGCAAUUACAACUCAAAACACUGUGCUUCUGUCUCUAGUCUUUUGAAGCAAAAGCACCGUCAGAUUCACACCCAAGAUGAUUAAGUGUAGCUCUCUCCCUGUAUCUUCAUCUUCCCGGAAGACACCACCGAGGCCAAACGCUUGGUGCGGUUACGACUUACCGCAAGGUGCUAAAGCUUAUGGCACAUUACAUGCAAUAAAAUGUGGGAAAGGAAAAUGAUUUACACAAUUUUGUUGCCCGAUGAACGAUGCUAGAAACGUUCUAUGUUUAUGUGUUGAUAUAGAAAUAUUAAUGUGCGUAUGGUUCAAUAUGCGUAUAUGUGGUCUAGAAUUAAAAGGCAUUGACACAGGAAUACACGCAUAUUGAACAAGUGCAUAUAGUCUGUACAUGGUACCUUUAA